CUGCCAAGCAGUCACAGCUCGCUCUGUCAGAGAUUUCAAUCGUUAUAAAAUCUCAAGAAAAAUAAAAAGAUAAAUAUCUGGAAUGGAGAGCCAACGUAAUAACGUCAACCACCGACGCGGAGCUCGUCCGAGCGUGGGCUAUCUGCUUUUCCAGUACCAGAGCGAACUGACCCGCCGUCAUGCGGAACCCACGCGGCUGUCCCGCACCAAGAUCCACAUCAUCGACGGCCUGGUAUCCCGCACCAUCCGCCACAUGAAGCACUGCAGCAUGGAGGACCUGAAGGCCUGCAAAAGGGAGCUCGUCUACAAGGAGCAACUCCGCGAUCAGCUCAAAAACAUGCGACGCAAACGGUCCUCCUCCGCCAGUAACUCCAAGAGUAGUGAUGACAACAAAUCCAACACCGAACCCGCUGUGAGUGUCAAGGCGCCAAGUACUCCUCCGAAGCCCCGAUUAUCCCGUGGUGGACCCGCCAAGAUGGACAUAAUUGGUCCAGAAAUCUUUGUCUAAGUCUAACUUAGUCUAUUGCAAUCUUAAAUUCCCUAGUUUAGCACAUCAUAUUAGCUUAAUUGUUGACGAUUAAAAAUCAUAGAACAUGAUAUUGUACAUAAACAAAAACAUACUUUAAAAAAUAAGGAUAAAUAAAAAAACAUU